CUGCAGACUAUCAGUGUCACAAUAGCCUCCAAGAUCUUCAGCAUUGUCAACAAUUUCUGUUUUUUGAAAAGCAAUAAUGUCAGUUUGCUGUCCAAAUAAUAUUACACUAAACACUAAUAUAUCACUAAAAAUCCUAAAAAAUACUGCAUUUACCACCAGUUGGACUCCUGGGAUCCGAUAAUGGUGUACUGCUUCAUUUUUUUAAAUUAUUUACAUUUCCAUAUGACUUGCUUGACAAAAUGAUUGAAAGUCACAGUACGCAACAGUUAAGAGAUGCUCAAGAGUCAUGGGUCAAUUCAGGAUGGUUUGUAUUUUAAAGCAAAUGAUUUCUUCUCAGAGGAGCUGAGGAUUUCUGUGUGCUUAUACGUUGAUGACUUUGAAGUGUGCAACCCUCUUGGGACAUCAAGGAAAAAGCACAAGUUAUGUGCAGUCUACUGGAUUUUGGGUAAUGUACCAUCAGAUAAGCACCAUAUUACAUGUGAAACUUGCUACAGAGAAAGAGGUAUCUGCGGAAUUCAGCAGGAUUACAACAAUUCCUUUGUUGUCCAAAUUCAUGGGUCAGCUUGAUCAUUUCUCCUCCCAGCUCCUCAAAAAUUUCAAAAAGAAAGGAGGAGCAGCCGCACAGAAGAUCACAGACAUCCUGUCAGUUUUGGAUCAGAGCAUCACCAUUGAAAAAAAGCGUGAAUGCAUCCUGAAAGCCUUAGUGGUCUACCUAAAUGAAGAUCCUUCAAACCUAGUGAAGGAGUACAUGGACGCUGAACAUGAUGAAGCCCAAAUUUUGAUGAGCAACACCACUCUCGGAAUCUGUACCAUAAAACAUGAAGGGGCAGAUGUUGCAGACCCAUACGAAGAUGUUGGUGUCAUCAUCGAAGGCAUCCAAGUACUUGACAACUUGGACAAUGUAGCUAAUGCAUGUUCCAUGAUGAAUUAAAAUCUAUAGAUCUGUAGAUGAUGCUGUCAACAUGGCCCUUCACGUAAUCCUCCACACCUUGACUUCCCAGGAACAUACGUAAGAAUCCUUUUCGUAGAUUUUAGCUCCGCCUUCAAGACUAUCAUCCCGUCCCUCCUGUACUACAAGCUCUCCUACCUGCAUGUACCCAACUCCACCUGCAGAUGGAUCACAGACUUCCUAACCAACAGGAAGCAACAGGUGAAGAUGGGGAAACACAUUUCUAUCUCCCAGACCAUCAGCGCCGGAUCUCCACAAGGCUGCGUCCUUUCUCCCCUCCUAUUCUCCCUCUACACAAACAGCUGCACCUUCUCCCACCCAUCUGUCAAGCUCCUGAAAUUUGCAGACGAUACAACCCUCAUCAGACUCAUCUCUGAUGGGGAUGAGUCUGCCUACAGACAGGAGAAUGAUCACCUGGUGUCCUGGUGCAAUGGGAACAACCUUGAGCUCAACGCCCUGAAGACAGUGGAGAUGAUCUGCCCCACCUCCACCCAUCUUCCUGCUCGGCUCACCAGUCACC